AUGAAGUUCUUUGCCUCAAUGAUUCUCUUCGCCGUCUCGGCUAUCGCACAGAAUGCCAUGAUCGGCCUUCCUUCCACAGGCCAAAAGGUCACCGCCGGAAAUGAGAUUGUCGUCCAAGUGCAGCGUCCCAACUCCCUUACAGGCUCCAAGGAAAUGGCCGUCGCAAUUGGCUUCUCCUCUUGCACAUCGUCACCCUGCCACACCCCAGAGGAAGUGAUGGGCACAAUCCUCUACAACGGACCUUUCGACCCCGAAUACCACGAGAGCAGCCAGCCCCCCUACGAGAAUUUCACUGUCACCGUCCCCGAGUCCGCUGCCAAGGGCAAGGGACAGAUUAAUGUCGCUCAUGCUACUUUGAUCGGUGCUGGUCCUUUCCCUUACUUGGAGACUCUUAAUAAGACUGUCAUUGUUGCAUAA